CAUUUCCCUCCUACCUCUUUCAGGUGGUAAAGAUGAUGAUCAUCGUAGUCGUGACCUUUGCCCUCUGCUGGCUGCCCUAUCACGUCUACUUCAUGGUGACGGGUCUCAACAAGCGUCUGAGCAGGUGGAAGUACAUCCAGCAGGUUUACCUGUCUGUGCUGUGGCUGGCAAUGAGCUCGACCAUGUACAACCCCAUCAUCUACUGCUGCCUCAACAGCAGGUUUCGAGCCGGCUUCAAGAGGGCUUUCUGCUGGUGUCCCUUUGUCCACGUUUCGAGCUACGAUGAGCUGGAGCUCCGAAACACAAGACUUGGACCGGGUCGCCAGAGCACCGUGUGCACCCUCUCUCGGGUGGACCCCAGCAUCCUCAGCAAAAAGAAGAGCACCUGUCUCAGACUCAACUCUGAGCCCAGUCAUAAAGACAGUUAGUUUUCUCCACUCGACACAAUGCAGCUCAACAGGUUUAAUAGGCACAUUACUUUGAGAUAGAACAUGCUGAUUGGACUGUAUUUGGUUUACUUAUAGAGCUGAUCAUUUCAAAUUAUUUACUUAACUCAGUUGUGGUGAAUGCCUCAAACUGUUUUAGCUGUGAGGCAUGUCUCCCCGAUCAUUUGACCCGUUUAUCAACAGCAGCAGCAGUUUGUGUGACACACUGGAA